GCGCGGCCGCGGGCCAGGCGCCGAGGUGCGCGCGGAGCGAGGUGGCCGCAGCGUCUCCGCGCGCGGCCCGAGCCCGGCAGGAGCGCCGCCACCACCUCGGCCAUGCGGCUCCAGGCCCGGGGGCCUGGGCUGGGGCCCCCGCCGCCCCCCGCGCGCCGCCCCCGCUGAGCCCGCGCCCGGCCGCGGCGCCGCCCGGCACCAUGGUGCAGAAGUCGCGCAACGGCGGCGUGUACCCCGGCCCGAGCGGGGAGAAGAAGCUGAAGGUGGGCUUCGUGGGGCUGGACCCCGGCGCGCCCGACUCCACUCGGGACGGUGCGCUGCUGAUCGCCGGCUCUGAGGCCCCCAAGCGCGGCAGCAUCCUGAGCAAGCCCCGCGCGGGCGGUGCGGGCGCCGGGAAGCCCCCCAAGCGCAACGCUUUCUACCGCAAGCUGCAGAAUUUCCUCUACAACGUGCUGGAGCGGCCGCGCGGCUGGGCAUUCAUCUACCACGCCUACGUGUUCCUCCUGGUCUUCUCCUGCCUCGUGCUGUCUGUGUUUUCCACCAUCAAGGAGUAUGAGAAGAGUUCGGAGGGGGCCCUCUACAUCCUGGAAAUCGUGACCAUUGUGGUGUUCGGCGUGGAGUACUUCGUGCGGAUCUGGGCCGCGGGCUGCUGCUGCCGUUACCGCGGCUGGAGGGGGAGGCUCAAGUUCGCCCGGAAGCCAUUCUGCGUGAUUGACAUCAUGGUGCUCAUCGCCUCCAUCGCGGUGCUGGCCGCCGGCUCCCAGGGCAACGUCUUUGCCACGUCCGCGCUCCGGAGCCUGCGCUUCCUGCAGAUUCUGCGGAUGAUCCGCAUGGACCGGCGGGGUGGCACCUGGAAGCUGCUGGGCUCGGUGGUCUACGCCCACAGCAAGGAGCUGGUCACCGCCUGGUACAUCGGCUUCCUCUGCCUCAUCCUGGCCUCGUUCCUGGUGUACUUGGCGGAGAAGGGGGAGAACGACCACUUUGACACCUACGCGGACGCACUCUGGUGGGGCCUGGUGAGUCGUGGGCCUUGUGGCUUUUCCCCUCCUGGCCGUCCCGCCUGCCCGCUGGCUGAGGACGCACGCCUGUCCCGUUGCUGGACCAGGCUCCUGGGCUGAGCCGGCUGCAUACGUCUCUUUGGGGCCACCUGCUGGCCACCUGUGGGCAUCUUGGGGUCUGGCUUUGCCCUGAAGGUUCAGGAGCAGCAUCGGCAGAAGCACUUUGAGAAGAGGCGGAACCCCGCAGCAGGCCUGAUCCAGUCGGCCUGGAGAUUCUACGCCACCAACCUCUCGCGCACGGACCUGCGCUCCACGUGGCAGUACUACGAGCGCACCGUCACUGUGCCCAUGUACAGCUCGCAAAGUCAAACCUACGGGGCCUCCAGACUCAUCCCCCCGCUAAACCAGCUGGAGCUGCUGAGGAACCUCAAGAGUAAAUCUGGACUCACUUUCAGGAAGGAGCCCCCGCCGGAGCCGUCGCCAAGCCAGAAGGUCAGUUUGAAAGAUCGUGUCUUCUCCAGCCCCCGAGGUGUGGCUGCCAAGGGGAAGGGGUCCCCGCAGGCCCAGACGGUGCGGCGGUCCCCCAGCGCCGACCAGAGCCUUGAAGACAGCCCUAGCAAGGUGCCCAAGAGCUGGAGCUUCGGAGACCGCAGCCGGGCACGCCAGGCUUUCCGCAUCAAGGGUGCUGCAUCUCGGCAGAACUCAGAAGAAGCAAGCCUCCCUGGAGAGGACAUCGUGGAUGACAAGGGCUGCCCCUGUGAGUUUGUGACUGAGGACCUGACUCCGGGCCUCAAAGUCAGCAUCAGAGCUGUGUGUGUCAUGAGGUUCCUGGUGUCCAAGCGGAAGUUCAAGGAGAGCCUGCGACCCUACGAUGUGAUGGACGUCAUUGAGCAGUACUCGGCCGGCCACCUGGACAUGCUGUCCCGCAUUAAGAGCCUGCAGUCCAGGAUAGAUAUGAUUGUGGGUCCCCCACCCCCUUCAACUCCCCGGCACAAGAAGUACCCCACCAAAGGACCCACGGCCCCUCCGAGAGAGUCACCCCAGUACUCACCUAGAGUGGACCAGAUCGUGGGGCGGGGCCCAGCGAUCACGGACAAGGACCGCACCAAGGGCCCGGCGGAGGCGGAGCUGCCCGAGGACCCCAGCAUGAUGGGACGGCUCGGGAAGGUGGAGAAGCAGGUCUUGUCCAUGGAGAAGAAGCUGGACUUCCUGGUUAACAUCUACAUGCAGCGCAUGGGCAUCCCCCCGACGGAGACUGAGGCCUAUUUCGGGGCCAAGGAGCCGGAGCCAGCGCCGCCGUACCACAGCCCGGAAGACAGCAGGGAGCACGUGGACAGGCACGGCUGCAUCGUCAAGAUCGUGCGCUCCAGCAGCUCCACCGGCCAGAAGAACUUCUCGGCGCCCCCGGCCGUGCCCCCCGCCCAGUGCCCGCCCUCCACGUCCUGGCAGCCGCAGAGCCACCCACGCCCGGGCCACGGCACCUCCCCCGUGGGGGAUCACGGCUCCCUGGUGCGCAUCCCGCCGCCGCCCACCCACGAGCGGUCCCUGUCUGCCUACGGCGGGGGCAACCGCGCCAGCACGGAGUUCCUGCGGCAGGAGGACGCCCCGGGCUGCCGGCCCCCCGAGGGGGCCCUGCGGGACAGCGACACGUCCAUCUCCAUCCCGUCCGUGGACCACGAGGAGCUGGAGCGCUCCUUCAGCGGCUUCAGCAUCUCCCAGUCCAAGGAGAACCUGGACGCUCUCAAUAGCUGCUACGCGGCUGUGGCGCCCUGUGCCAAAGUCAGGCCCUACAUCGCGGAGGGCGAGUCGGACACCGAUUCGGACCUCUGCACCCCGUGCGGGCCCCCGCCACGCUCCGCCACCGGCGAGGGCCCCUUUGGUGACGUGGGCUGGGCCGGGCCCAGGAAGUGAGGCCCCCCAGCGCCCUGCCUCUGAGGUUUUGAGGCGGGAACCCGCUGGGGCCCUUUUCUUAUAUUAACUGGGUGUGGCGGGGAAGUAGGCCCUGGAGGGGCCCGUGUGGGCUGAAGGACGGGGCUCCUGACAGUGACCUUUUACAAAAGCUAUUUUCCAACAGGGGCUGGAGGGCCGGGCAGGGCCCCGUGGCUCUGGAGCA